AUGUACCAGGAUAUUCUAAACAGUAAAGAGAAUGACGAUCAUAGUAGCAUGGACUGUGGUGGCACCCCUCUCAAGAAUGGCAAAACUAUGGAGAUAUACGACAUCAAGUCGGUGGAAAAGAUGGAGCCGGGGGAGACGAAUGACUCCACGAAUGGGAAUGGAGCCUCCACAAAUGGGAAUGGAACCUCCACAAAUGGGAAUGAAGCCUUCACAAAUGGGAACGAUGCCUCCUCAGAACAAACCAGAAAUAUCAUAAAGAAUUACCUCAUCGAAACGAUAAAAAACGAUGUGAAGCAUGUCAAGUUGAAAAACAAGGAAAUCAUUUUACUGCAGCUCAUUAUUGAGCCAUACAUAUUGAGGAGGUCCAAAAAACACGUCUUUAUAGACAUGCCUAAGAAGCAUAGCAUAAUUAUUAAGCUGCCUCUGAACACCACGCAGCUGAACCUGUACAAGGAUGAAAUAAUGUCAAAGAUGCAGCACACGCAUAAGCACCUGGAGUUUUUGCAGAAGCACUCGAAUAAGAAGGAGCUCGAGAAGCUUGCAGUGAUUUUCGAGAAGAAGGAUAUCAAGCGGGACAGGAUUUUCCGCGCGAGCAGUGACGGGGAUGGCGACGAUGAUGGGGACGAUCAUAGGGACGAUCAUGGCGACGAUCAUGGCGACGAUCAUGGCGGCGAUGAUGGGGACGAUCGUGGCGACGAUGAAGGUGACGAGGAGUCGGGCGCCACCCCAAGUGGGAGCAGCCGCGCGGGGGAGCUUGCGGGCGGGCCGGCCACGGAAGCGGCGAGUGGUGGAACUUCGAAUUCGGAUAGUGCGGACUGCCGCGGUAAGGCAGAUCACGCGGGUGGCGGAGCGGCAAGUGAGGCUGCCCCAGCGGAACAGCCCAACGACUACGACGACGAAGACGACAAAAUUGACGAAGAAACCAUCAACAUAGAAAAGGCAGAAGAAAACAAAGACAGCAACAUCAUAAUUAAUAAAAGGGAAGAUGAACCGGUGGACAACGAAGUUCUUAAGAACAGCAGCAAAGAAGUUAGAGGGAAAAUGAUAAAUGCAUCGAUUUUCAUUUUAAGGCGAAUAUGUAACCACCCACUGCUACACAAGUACUACUACUCCGUUGAGGACAUAAAAAAAAUAUCCAAAUAUUUCUACGCCAACACGGAUCAGUAUCUCGACUUGGACUUGAAGACAGUCGAAAAUGAAUUCAUGAAAAUAUCAGACUUUGAUAUUCACCUCUCCAUUAAGCAUUUAAUAUCACAAGGAGAUGACAAUCUAAACAGGUACCUAAUUUCAAAGGACCACAUAUUGAACAGUAGCAAAAUACAUCACAUGAUUUCUUUGAUUAAGGAGAUAAGGAAGAAAAAGGAAAAGGUGCUCAUUUUUUCUCAGUUCACUACCUUUCUUGAUAUUAUUGAGGAGGCACUACUCUAUGAAUUUAUUUACGACGAGCAGGACUUUUCGGACCACCUGCAGUGCGUCAGUAAGGGCGGGCAAGGCGGGAAAGGCGGCCACGUAGACGCGAAGGGGCACCUAAACGGGCAGGACAACGCGGGUGAAAACGGAGAAGCAGAUCAAGCGGGGGAAGCGGACAAUGGGAUGGAGGCAAGCGAUGCAGACGGAGCCAACGGUGCGGACGGAGCCAACGAUGCGGACGGAGCCAACGGUGCGGACGGAGCCAACGAUGCGGACGGAGCGGACGAAGCGCGCCAAAACAACUCCGGUAAGGAGGACGAACCCAACAGCGACUUUAACAAAAAUGACAAGGACCUGUACCUGUCGUCCUCCACCACGUCCACAUCCUCGUUCACGUCCGACCGAAAGGGAAACAGCCAAAUAUACGUCCGCCUAGAUGGGUCCACGAACACCAUAGAGAGGCAGAAAAUUAUAAAGCGCUUUUCCAAGAAUGAUAACGUUUUUAUAUUCCUCCUGUCGACCAAGGCGGGUGGCGUUGGGUUGAACUUGAUCGCGGCCAACCACGUAAUACUGAUGGAUCAGGACUGGAAUCCCCACAACGACAGGCAGGCGGAGGAUAGAGUUCACCGAUUAGGACAAAAAAACGAAGUGUACAUUUACCGAUUGUGCUGCAAGAACACCAUCGAGGAGACCAUACUUAGGGUUAGUUAUGGAGUUGCGUCGUUGCGUGGUUGA